AUGGCUUUCAUGUUGAAAACUAUGAUGGGAUCUUCCAUGAAGAAUUUGGGGAAUAACCUUGGGGGAGAAACAGAGGCAAAAGAAAAUUCGGAUGGGAAAGAGACUGCACAGUCCAAGGGUAUGUCACGAGAAGAAUUUGAGGAGUACCAGAGACAGCUGGUGGAAGAAAAGAUAGAACGGGAUCACACCUUUGCACACAAGAAAGCAGAGAGAGCAACAGUCAGAAUGCACAUGAGAGACAAGUACAGACUUCCACAGAGCGAAAAGGAUGAUGCUCAGUUACAGAUGGUGGGAGGAGAUGUGGAACUUCCUGAAGAUCUUGCUAAAAUGGUGCAGGAUGAUGAAGAUGAGGAAGAAGAGCAGGGAUCUCUGCUGUCCAUGCUUCCUGAGUUUGACAUUGAUACACUGAAGACACGGGCUCAAGGAACUAUUACCGAGGUCAAGAGAGUGGCUGAAGAGAAGUGUGAGCUCAUGUGACACUGUCAUCUUAAGCAUGGACAUUCAGGAUACAUACAGGAAUGUUUUUAUUGGUGUUCUUGAAAAAAAAAAAAAACUUGCCCAUAGUUACAGGAGUUAUGGUUGUAAGAUUUAAUUAACAUCCAGGCAAAUG